GCCUUACCUUUAAGAAUUUGGAGUUCAUGCUUAACCUUAAACACUUUGAAAUUUGAGGUUUGGAACAACUUAGAAAUUAGACAUUUGAGAAGAUGGAUGAAUGUCUAACUGUGAUGUGAGACCGUGAGUGCUGGUGGGUUACAUAUUAAUUGUCACUGUAACUAGUGUUGAUAUGAAGCAUUUCAUCCAAACAUCAUUCUUUUCCCCUCUAUUUUUUCCCUUCAUUUUUCUAUGAGCUUUUCCAGAGGGCCAUGCAGUUUGAUUGUACAGUAAUACAGUCUGUCUGUGUGCAUGCCUGCGUCUGUACAUGCUUUUGUGUUUGCAGAGCGCCGACAAGGGCGUCUGAAGACUGGCUCUUCGUUCAGUUCGACUCGUCUGCGGAGCAGUACUGUACUCUACCACAUCUCUGGUCACCUCCACAGCAAAGGCAACAAGAAGAGGAAGAAGAGCAAGAUCAAACUCAAUAAGAAUGUGUUUGGGGACCCCCCUGCUCUGCCGGAGUACAAGGUGGCGGAUGCCAAGAAGUCCAAGUUCAUCUUGCUUCACUUCAGCACCUUCAAGGCGGGUUGGGAUUGGCUGAUCCUGCUGGCCACCUUCUACGUUGCCGUGACAGUGCCCUACAACGUCUGCUUCAUCGGAGACGAUGACCUCACCAGGAGCACUACAGUCAGCGACAUCGCUGUGGAGAUACUCUUUAUUAUAGACAUUGUGUUCAGUUUCCGUACCACGUACGUGAGUAAGUCUGGUCAGGUGAUUUUCAGUGCACGGUUGAUCUGCAUCCACUACAUGACCACGUGGUUCAUCAUUGACCUGGUCGCCGCGCUGCCCUUUGACCUCCUCUAUGCCUUCAAAGUCAGCGUGGUAUCAGUAGUCCACCUGUUGAAGACAGUGCGUCUGCUCCGGCUGCUGCGUCUGCUCCAGAAGAUGGACCGGUACUCCCAGCACAGCACUGUGGUUCUCACCCUGCUCAUGUCCAUGUUCGCCCUGCUGGCCCACUGGAUGGCCUGCAUCUGGUACGUCAUCGGCAAGAAGGAGAUGGAGGCCAACGCCUACUCCUGGGACAUCGGCUGGCUCCAUGAGUUGGGGAAGCGUCUAGAGUCUCCCUACGACCCCCAGGGGGAAGUGAACGGGACGGGGCUGAGCGGACCUUCUCUGAGAAGUGUCUACAUCGCUUCUCUCUACUUCACCCUGUCCAGUCUGACCAGCGUGGGCUUUGGCAACGUGUCGGCCAACACCGACGCUGAGAAGAUCUUCUCCAUCUGCACCAUGCUCAUCGGAGCGUUGAUGCACGCCCUGGUGUUUGGUAACGUGACGGCCAUUAUCCAGCGGAUGUACUCUCGCUGGUCCCAGUACCACACCCGUACCAAGGACCUGAAGGACUUCAUCCGAGUCCACCACCUGCCCCAGGGACUCAAACAACGCAUGCUUGAGUACUUCCAGACCACAUGGUCCGUCAACAACGGCAUUGACUCCAACGAGUUGCUGAAGGACUUCCCAGAUGAGCUGCGCUCUGACAUCACCAUGCACCUGAACAAGGAGAUAUUGGAGCUGUCUCUGUUUGCCUCGGCCAGCAGGGGGUGCCUGCGCUCCCUGUCCCUGCACAUCAAGACAACGUUCUGUGCCCCUGGGGAGUACCUGCUGCGCCAGGGGGACGCCCUGCAGGCCAUCUUCUUCGUCUGCUCUGGGUCCAUGGAGGUGCUGAAGGACGGCAUGGUGCUGGCUAUACUGGGUGAGACAUGGAGGGAGGGAGGGACGGACAGGUGGGCGGGCCGAACGGUAGGCUGA